AUGUGUGGAUGUAAUUUUCGGUUGAACGAUCAAGCAAAAUUAUUCGAUUGUGUUUCAGUUUCUGGUACGACGAGUAAGGAAGAGGAAGAGACGGCGGUGAUUCCGGUCACAGAGGAUGGCGCCGUGCUUCUGGGCGCAAGAAUCAGGACAGAAAGCGAUCCUGGAGGAAGUAUAGAUCUACUGGCAGCCCUGCAGUUGCACAAUACUACUCGGCAGGGCGUCUCGCAGGUGCCGGGUCUGGUUAGGUUGAAACCAGCCUAUUAUCUUCAGGGCGAGGAGAGGGAGCUCCGACUGAACGAGGCGAGUUUCGAACGGGCGGCCACGUUACUCCGGCGGGUUCCGGAAUUCACUAUAGCCGCCGCGCUGCGCCAGGAGAAGGCCAAUUCCGGGACGAUCGUCGCCUUUUCGCACGGGAGUAAUAGGUACUUGGAGCUGCAGAGCAGCGGUCGCAAGGACGAGCUUCGACUUCAUUACUUAUCACGCCGAGACGGAAUCGUACACGUCGAGGCAUUCCCUUUUCGAGUGGCCGACGGCGACUGGCACAGAGUCGCCUUAAGUAUAAGCGGCUCGCAGGUCGAGCUGCUAGUCGACUGUCACCCCUUGUAUAGGCGACUGCUGAGGCCUGGUCCACCCGACACUAACUUCACUUUGCCGCAACUCCAGCUCUGGGUCGGACAAAGGAACGCCAGGCAUUUUCUUUUCAAGGGUGCUUUGCAGGACGUCAAGCUGAUACCAGGACCACACGGCUAUCUCUCUCAGUGUCCCCAGCUCGAUUCGUCCUGUCCAACGUGCGGUCAAUUUUCGAUAUUACAGAACACCGUGGAGCAACUGAUGUACAAUCUCAACGAGUUGACUCGUAGGCUAGCCGCUGCAGAGGGCAGAAUAAGCAAAGUGGAGGAGUGCGAGUGCCAAAAGUCAUGUAGGGUGAACGGCACUGUCCACGAGGACGGCGCGACGUGGCAGGAGGACUGCCAGCAGUGCUCUUGCGUCCACGGUGAGAUCAACUGCAAGCCGAUACCCUGCGCCCCGACCAACUGCAAGCACCCUAUCCUUCCUGAGGGACAGUGUUGUCCAAUUUGUCUCAGACAGUGUUUAUUGCACAACGUAAUAUACGAUCACGGCGAGAAGGUCUCGCCGAAACAAUGCACUGACUGCGACUGCCAGGACGGUAGCUUCGUCUGCAAAAGAUACGACAACACAACCAGGUGCCCACCACUGCCGUGUCCACCCAGCGAGCAGAUCAGCGUUGCGGAGGAGUGCUGCAAAUUUUGCCCAGGGGUGGACUACUGCGCGAAGGGCCACAAGUGUCACGCUAACGCGUCCUGCCUGAACCUCCAGACGACGUACGCCUGCCAUUGUGAUAUCGGUUUCCAGGGGAAUGGUGUUAACUGUCAUGACGUUGACGAGUGUAAGCAGCAAGGUGGAUUGGACGGUCACCAUUGCAACGCGAACACGAGGUGCGUCAACGUGAUCGGCUCUUAUACGUGCGAGUGUCUUCCGGGUUACCACAGAAUCGACAAGUUCAACUGCGCCGAGCUGGACGAGUGCUUGACCGGUCACCACACGUGCGACGAGCACGCCACUUGCGUCAACACCGCCGGCAGCUACUAUUGCGUCUGCAAAGACGGUUACACCGGCGAUGGUUACACAUGCAAACCCGUGUGCAAUCAGACUUGCCAAAACGGUGGGGUGUGCGUGGCACCCGGCCGGUGUUCCUGUCGGCGCGGUUACAUCGGCAACAGCUGCGAGCUCGACCUAGACGAGUGCGCGAGCGAGUUGCACCGCUGCCACCAGUCGUCCACGUGCUUCAACAUGCCCGGUUGGUACUAUUGCCGGUGCAAGCCCGGUUACAGGAGCGCUCUGCACGACAGCACCCAGGGCACGCAGUGUCUCGACAUCGACGAGUGCAACGACGAGACGGUCGAGAGGAGGCACACGUGUCACCAUACCGCCAAGUGCGUUAACACCGAGGGCGGCUAUGAGUGCGUGUGCCCGCCGGAGAAGGAGUCGAACGAGUCCGGAGAGGAGUGCAGACUUAGCUGCUGGUUCGAAGGACGCGAGGUCAACAAUGGCGACACUUUCACUCCGGCCGAAAAUACCUGCAGGAGGUGCACAUGCCAAGAUGGCGUGAUCACUUGCAAGGAUCCUAUAUGUGACUGCAGCGCUCCGGACAGCCAAAGUGACGCGUGUUGUCCUCAGUGCAAUCCCAAGGCGUCCUGCAAGCAUCAGGAACUUCAUCACCUAGUUUUCAGAAGCGGAGAACGUUGGAUAUACCAGUGUCAGACUUGCGAGUGCCUGUACGGCGAUAUAGACUGCUGGCAGAUGGAGUGUCCACCGGUGACCUGCUCAAAUCCUGUGACGGAGGAGGGCGACUGUUGCCCGCGCUGCGAGGAUGACCCCUGCGGUCGAGAGGUGCCAGUGAACGGUACCUCGCUCACGGUUCCUAGGCCGUGCAGCUACGGCGGCAUUAUCCACGACGGAGGCAGCUCUUGGCAGGACAAGUGCACCACAUGCGAGUGCAAGGUGCCGUACUGCGCCCAAUUGGACGGGCAGCUAUGCUGCAGCUACGAUUACGGUUGCGCUAGCGGUGUGGGCAACAACAAGCAACAACGUUCUCCAGUCGUUACUCCUGAGUCUUACGUACGCCAUCCACCGGACCCUGUGGGGUUGCCGCUGGUCCACAGUGCACCGGAAACAGAUUUAUCAGCGGUCCUCGGCACAUCCGGCACCACACGCACCACCGACACCACCGCCACGAGCACCACCUCCACCGUCUCGUCGUUCCCGUACCCGUCAUCCUCCAGCAUCAACAACGAUAACCUCAGGAAAGCUCGCGCGAGCUCGUACAUCUCGUACGGCACGCUACGAGUUCAGCAGGGAGACGAGCAUCACGCCAGGUUGUAUCAGCAGCAACAAGUGUCAUCAAGCACGAGACACCAGCAGUCUGUCGGGGACUCGUCGACGUCGUCGACGGCGUCAAAGCGGUCCUCGGCGACGUCGGCGACGACGACGAGGACACCGUACGCGGCGUUCACCAAGGGCAGGUCGCGACGCCAAUCAAGGAGCGCCAUCGGCCGCCGCGGUGACACUUUCUCCUCUUCAUCGUCGUCACCAACCUUCGCGAUGCUCUUGGCCACUUCGGCGAUCGACGAGUCCGGCCUGUCAACUGCGAACGUCGCCGCGCAAGUGCGCCAACUGGUUGACCGUCGUCGCAAAGGUAGCAGGAAGUCCGUUGUCCUCGACAGCGCCACUUGAGGGCCGUGGAUCUAGAGGAAGAUAGAAAAGGAAGAACCCGACACUUGGCAAGGCAUUCUAGAGUGCGUGGAAGAGGGAUAUCGUCCCGCAUAAGGGUGACCCAUCGGCUCUCCCAAUGUCGCCCGACGCGCGUCGUCCGUCUGUGUCGUCGGCGGGGAGAGUGAGAAGCGAGAUCGACAGUUUACAAGGAGGAGCAGUAAGAGGAGGAGAAGGAGGAAGAAGAAGCAGCAGAAGCACGAGAGGAGGAGGAGAACGGGGAGGGAAGAAAUCGACAGGACAAUCGACGCUUGCGGAGGGUUGACGUCCGCUACGCUGCCACGAGGGAGACUCGUUCCUGCUUCCGGAGUUCGUUUCCCGGAACCUGUGCCCGGUAACCUCAAGGAGCGACGAUCACCUCAUCGACGGAGCUA